AUGCCACGGCCAAGAAAGUGGUAUCCAGGUGGAUAUAUUUCCUAUAUGGAUAAACGCGGGCAUGUUCGUCAGCGUAGGGUACGAUUUUCAUCGCAGGCUGUUAGGGCUUGUACGGAGGAAAAUAGAACUCUUCAACAGGGGCAAAGUGGACGUUUAAGCACCCAUCAACGGGAGGAAUGUGCCACCUUCCAGGAUAUUCUUCUAGAUAGCAAUUCAUCAGAUGUAGCUGGAGUCAGCAAUCACAAGAAGAAAAAAGUGUCUGAGGCUGAGGGCUGGAAAGAUCUGCGAGCAGGUCUUGUUCGUGUCCACAUUGAAGGAUUCAGUCCUGCCACAAAAAAGUGCAGCUUCUGUGGCUGUACACAGGUCCCAGAGAUUAUCUGGUGUCCUGACUGUGGACCUAGAAGCCUUUAUUGCAAGGCUUGUGAUGAGAAGAUCCAUUGUUUGGUGCUGUAUCAUCAGACAUACAGUUGGAAAGAAGAUGCAUCAUUGUUUGCACCUGUGUUAAGAGAAACAACCAUUUUGUCUGAGCACCAGUGUGACAAGCUCUACUACCGUCAGAUUACAGUUUUUGAUGCACAAGCGGAGGACAACAUUUCUGCACAGUCACAGCAGGACUACAGAAACCUGUAUAAGGCACUGGGUAACACAAUUAUAGAAUUUCACCAUCAUCAGGUGUUGUGCCUUGAAACAGCUCAUGCCCACGAAUUACUGGGCAAGAAGUGCCCAAUAUGUAGCCUGAAGCCAGAGAGAUGUGUUAUCUCGAUGGACGCUAAUUUUGGGCUUGUGCACAAGAUGAAUUCUGGAUUUGGACCUGGACUUGAACAUGCUAGAUUUAGUGUGUUUUGUCCAGAUGAUGAUGUCAGAAACUUUGUCAACACUCAUCAUGAGGCAACAUCGAAAUCAAGUAGCAAAUCUUCGGAAUGUUCAAAUUUUCAAGCAGGUGAUCUUGUCAGGUCAAAAAACAAAAAUGCAAAACUGGACAUCAGAGGAGUGUUUGGUGCUGUGUGUCAACAUGGUUUCCCUCUGCAUUUUGUGAAUAUGCAGCAUGGAGAGAGAUUUGGGUAUCCUGUAUAUAUUUUACAACAAAUUGCUGCAGAGCAGCUUUGCACAGCUAGUACAAAGCAAAUUGUGAUGUAUGAUGUUGCCUGCUCACUGCAGGCUCAUAUAACAAAGCAUUCUCAACUAUUUGGACAGCUGUCUGAAAAAUUUAGAUUUGUUGUUCCUGUGUUUCACAGCUUUGCACAUAUAACACAGUGUCAGAUGACAAAAGGACAGCGCUUUUGCGAGGGCACAGGAUUAAUAGAUGGUGAAGCUAUGGAACGCUUAUGGUCUUUCCUCCGCAGAUUUGCGUGGAGUAAAGAAAUGACUUUGCCCAACAGGCAAGAUCUACUAAGCAGUGCUCUGCUACACUAUGCCAGGAGGAUUUUUGUGUCAUUAGCUGACACACUGUCUGUAAGACUCAAAAAGGCAAGGGACACGCAGGCAAAAGCCAAAGAGAUUAUCCAUGAGGUUGAAAGCAAGUAUAGAGGAACUGCUGCAGAAUGGCUGCACAAGCUGAAGGAUACUAUAUCAACAACCAGUGGUCAUAGAGAAAGCUCUACCUCUGAUUCUCUGCUUGAGAAAGCGAGGAAGCUGUCAGCUGAGCGGCAGCAACUGCUGGGACUAAAGAGACGCUAUGCUGAUGGACAAAAAAUUGCCCAGAAAAUUGCGAAGAAGCUGCGGACAACAAACACUCAGCUGCAGUCUGUCAUUGGGUCUUUAAAAAAUGCAUUUCCAAACAUUUCACCAGCUGAAUUUAGAGACCCAGAGUCAGCUCUGUACACUCAUAUAGCACCAGAACUGAACUCAGAGCAAGUGAGGGCAGCCAAUUGUGCAGCAGACUACGAUCGUGGGAAAGAAGAGGAACAGCGAAUAAUUUAUGACAUUUGCCUUUUACAGCAGUGGCUGCUGGAGCAAAAUGUGUUAUUAUGUCAGCCAUCAGACUUAGUCAGUCGAUAUGAAUGUGCCCUAAACCAUGUUAAGUCUGUAAGUAAACAUAAAGUGGAAUGCCAGCUAAGGGAUCUGCAUGCGAAAUUUAACGAGCAGCCAGGAUUUUCGAAAGUCAGCAUUGACUACUCAGUCUCCAACCGACUGUCAUCUUCAGCCUUCACUUGCCAGCCAGAUUCUGAUGACAACGAGGAAUUAAUAGAUGUGAUUAGGGAAUUUAACUCAGAUAUCGAAUCAGAAUCUGAUGAAGACGAGGAGGAGGAGGAGGAGGAGGAGGAAGAACACUUUUUGCCAUAAGUGUUUGACCUUUUACUUAGUUUACUAAAGUGGACAAUUGAUAUAUUUAUUGAUAGCAUAGAGGUAUUUAAGGGAUGAUACCAUGUUUAUUUUGUUUCAAAGCAUUGCUACAACCAACCUCCAUGAUGUCUUUAUGAAUUCAUUGCUACAUUUUUGAACCAAUAAUGGUGUAAUGUAAUUCUUUUUUUAGCAAUGUACUCUUUUUUUUGUAGCAUACAUACAAGCCACAUUCACACCUUGCAUCCAGUUACUUUAACCCACAGAAGCAAGCCAGUUAAUAUAUUUUAAUUACUUGGCAGUUAGCAUGUCCCCUUUUCAUCUCACCUGUGCUUAAACUUUUUUGCCUGCAUGAUUUGAGCUGUGAUCAUCACUCAUUAUGUUGAUGCUUGUUUUACUGGUAACAUGUGCCUUUCUUUUUUAUGAUGAAUUUACUGAAAUAGUGUUUGGUUCACUUUUUGAAUUUUAAGCUAUUCAGUGAGCCACUCACUGCAGUGAUGACAAGUGAGUGUUUUAACCACCACACUACCGGGUAGUCGAGUGGUCAUCUUAAUAUUGUCUACAUUCUUAUUAUUAAGUGUUCCAAAAGUUCAUUGGCCAGCCUGCUCUACAGAUCUGAAUCCCAUUGAGCAAAUUGAGUAUCUAUUGUUGAAAUGAAUAUUUUCUCCAUUGGAUUUGGUUUUGUUUGGAUAAAUCAGGGUGUUGAAAAUGUAAAUAUUUUUAUUACAUUUGACAGAAAGAUUAAUUGUGUGUAGGUGGCAGGCUUGAAAUAGCCAUAUUAACAGUGGUGAUUCUCCUUUUACCAUGCAUACGACAUGUUGAAAUGUGUUACAACUUAUCAACGAAUUUAGCAGUCAUUUUCAGAGUAUUAUGGCAAAAGUGAGAAUGGCGUUUCAAGCAUUAAUUUUUUUUUUUUUACAUAAACAAAAUGAAAUUUUACACUCUGUCAAAUUUAUAAAAAUUUAGUAUAUUGAUUGCUUCAGCAGACAAAAGUACCAUAAUGAUUUGUCAUUAUGUAUCUUUCUGCAUCUAAAUUUAG